AUGACCUCAGUAUGGGCACGGCUUAAUAAGUGUGUGUAUUCGAGGCGCUUGGCGUUAUUCUUUGGCCGCGUCAGCAACAUCGAGCAACAUAACAAAGAUACUCUCAACACCAACGAUUGGCGCGAUAUCCAGCAUCAUGUCCUCGUCGGCGUGCAUUACGCGGGGUUGAGGCAAAGGGUUCAGUGUCAUGCCCCGCUUACAUGCAAGAAAUACGAAAGGUAUCGGCUGGUCCAGAUGCCUAGCAGAAGACAGAGUUACCCUUUACGGGAAGAGUUGGCCACCAUCCUCGCAUCCGAGUGGUCACCUUCUCCGCAAGGAAUCCUCCAGCGUGAUCAUGGUGGGCUCGUACUUGUUGUGGACAGCCUCAACCACCAACUGGAACGCGUCGUUGGCGUGAUUCAAGAUGCACUCGUUGAUGCACAAUGA